AUGGUUGUCCGGGCAGCGCUGGCGGCGGGGAUUCUCGCUGCCCUGGCGGGUCCGGCGCUUGCGCAGGCCGGAUCCGGCCAAUGCGAUGCGCUGCGGCUGUCUGAGCUGAGGUUGCAAGGCGCACACAACGCCUACCACAUCGGGCUGGGCCUGGAGGAGCUGCGCGGCAUGGCCGGCGUCUCGAACAUCGGGUUCGGGUCGCGCGUGCGGGACGAGCGCGAGGGGAACGAGGCCACCGCGCCGCUGCUGCAGGUGCUUGGGUACACGCACCCUCCGCUGCAGUCGCAGCUGACCUCCGGCGUCAGGGCGCUGGAACUGGACGUGUACAAGGACACGAGCGGGGGCCGGUACGCACGGCGGGCGCUGGCCAAGGCGGUGUUCGCGACGAGCGCGUCGGGCGUGCAGGCGCUCGACAGCCCCGGGUUCAAGGUCAUGCACACGCCAGACAUCGACUACAACACCCACUGCCACACCUUCGUCGAGUGCCUCACCCAGGUCGCCGACUGGAGCUCCAGCAACCCGUCGCACCUUCCCAUCUUCAUCUACGUCGAAUACAAGACCGGCGCGGCCGGCGAUCGGCUGGGCGAGGUCCUUGGCGACGACCCGGACGAGCUCGAGCGCUUCCUGGAGGAGUAUUUGCAAAAGAUCCCCGGGGAGCCCAACGGCCUGCAGACCGCGGAGACCGCCGUCGCCGCGGACUGGGACGCCAUCGAGGCCGAGAUCCUCGCGGCCGUCCCGCGCUCGCAGAUCCUCUCGCCCAGCGACGCCCGGGACUUCCACGUCGCGAGCUGCGGCGGCACCGUCGCCGCGGACGGCUCCUCGGGGCCCUGCGCGCGCUCGUUCCAGCUCCCGACCGUCGCGGACGCGCGCGGCAAGAUCGUCUUCGUCCGCGCGAACGGCGGCGGGUUCCGCUUCACGGGCCGCGGGCCGUCGGAGCCCGACGCGGCGUACAGCAACAGCGUGAUGUUUGCGGAGCUGUCCGGGGGCGACCCGGCCGCGCAGUCCGGCGCCGUUGCGAACAACCAGUUCGGGCCGGACGCGAUCUUCAUCAACGCCGGCGGGCGCCAGCUCGACGACACCGGCCCGGACGCGUUCGUGGAGCUGAACGCGCUGCUCGCCGAGGGGCGGUUCCUCCGCGGGAACCUGGGGACGAUCCCCACGCCCACGACCAAGCCGUACCGCGGACAGAACGAGGUCCAGGCGGAGUGGACGGCGUUCAACGGGCGGAUCCAGGUGUCGGCGUCGGACGUGUUGUACGACCAGACGCUGGGGACGGUGGAGCGGUGGACGACGCUGCGGCUCAACGCUCAGACGGACAGCGCGAUCGUGUGCGGCGACGCGUCGAGCGCCGCGCGUGCCGCGCUGUCGGGCGUGGUCGCGGCGGCCGUGAUGCUGGUGGUGCUGCUGGCGUGA